GAGAUCAACGACCGGGAGCAGAAGCUGCUGGCGCUGCGCGAGGUGCUGAGGAAAUUCCCGCGCGAGAACUACGAGGUCUUCAAAUACGUCAUCGCCCACCUCAACAGGGUCAGCCAACAGCACCGCGUCAACCUGAUGACCAGCGAGAACCUGUCCAUCUGCUUCUGGCCCACGCUGAUGCGGCCGGACUUCAGCACCAUGGACGCGCUGACGGCCACCAGGACCUACCAGACAAUCAUCGAACUCUUCAUCCACCAGUGCCCCUUCUUCUUCUCGCUCCGGCCGGCCCCGGACACGCCCGGCUCGCCCGGUCCCGCUCCGGCCACCGCCGCGUCCUUCCCACCGCCGGCGCCGUCACCUCCUCGGACGCCGUCGCCGCCGCCGCCGGAGCCGCUGGAGCCCUGAGGUCGCGUCCGCCCCCCCUCCGGACGGACGGACGGACGGACGGACGCGGUGGGGAGGGGGCUCUCGGGACCUUGCCGGGGACGUUUGACCAGACUUUGGCCGGGCCAGGACAGACGGACGGACGGACGGACGGACGGACGCCGGGGCGGGGCCUGGGAGGGGCUGCGAGAGGGCGAGGGGUUGUCCGCGUGGUGGCCUCCUGAGGGUCAUUGCAGGUGGUCUGAUGGUCACUCAAGGUGGUCCAAGGUG